UUCGUAAUUUUAGUACUACACGUGAGUUUUGUAAUAAAGUGCCGAUCGCAAACAAACACAUCGAAUAAAGAUGUCAUGGCUUUUUGGAAUGGGAGGUGGGGGACAGGGACCCCCACAAGUCCCCAUCCCACCUCCAGGAGGUGAUGGGAAGGGAGGUUCUGAGCCGCCAAAGCAAAUGACGAAGUCGGAGAUGGAAGCCUAUAGAUUUGACUCUGCAGCUCUAGAACGUGCAGCACAGGCUGCUAGAGAGCUAGAAAAAUCAAGAAAUGCCAAGGAAGCACUGGAUUUGUCAAAAAUGCAGGAAGAAACGAAACAAAUUGAAGCGAAGGCGAAAUCGAAGGAAAUGGAAGCUCAUAUUGAACAAAUGAAACUCCAAGCAAUAAAAGUCCAAGAAGAGGAGAGGAGAAAAACAAUGUCUAAAGAAGCCGAGCUUCACCAACAGAAAGCACAGUACCAGGAUCAGCUGGCGCGUCGGAGAUACGACGAUCAACUCUCACAACAGGCAAGACUGCAGGAGGAAAAUCUUAGAAAACAGGAAGAAUCGGUAGCUAAACAGGAACAAAUGAGAAAAGCCACACUGGAGCAUGAAUUUGAUCUCAGGAGGAAAAAUGAGCAAGCCAGGAUAGAGGCAGAAAUGAAAGCUCGGGGUCAGAUGGAGAGAGAGAACAUUGAUCUGAUAAAGGAACAAAUCAGGCUGAAGGCAAAGGAGAAAAGAGAGACUGUCUUAGAAUCCAUCAAGACAGCCGGUUCAGUGCUUGGUACAGGAUUUCAGGCCUUCAUAACAGAUAAAGACAAAGUGGCAGCUACAGCUGUCGGGCUAACAAUGGCAGCUGUGGGGAUAUACGCAGCCAAGCAUGGUACUGGUGUGGCUGCACGUUACAUUGAGGCCAGGCUGGGCAAACCGUCACUGGUCCGAGAAACCUCCCGACUGACUGUAGGCGAGGUCAUCAAACACCCAAUAAAGACAAUCAAGAGGAUUGUCAAUAAACCUGAAGACGCACUGAAAGGAAUUAUUUUAAAACCAGAACUUGAAGAAAGACUUAGAGAUGUUGCCAUAGCAACUAGGCAUACAAAGAAAAAUAAAGGAUUUUACAGAAAUUUGUUGAUGUAUGGCCCCCCUGGAACAGGAAAGACAAUGUUUGCCAAGAGCCUUGCCCAACACUCUGGAAUGGACUACGCCAUAAUGACAGGGGGAGAUGUAGCCCCCAUGGGCAAGGAGGGGGUCACUGCCAUGCACAAAGUGUUUGAUUGGGCCAAGGCCAGCAGGAGAGGGGUACUGUUAUUUGUUGAUGAAGCAGAUGCCUUUCUUAGAAAAAGAAACAAGGAACUCAUCAGUGAAGACAUGAGAGCCACGUUGAAUGCAUUCCUAUACUGUACAGGAGAACAGUCCAACAAAUUUAUGUUGGUAUUAGCAAGUAACCAACCAGAGCAGUUUGACUGGGCAAUUAACGACAGAAUUGAUGAAAUGGUCGAGUUCAGUGUCCCUACGCUGGAUGAGAGAGAGCGAUUGGUCAGGCUCUACUUUGAACGAUUUGUCCUUAAACCUUCAAUGGAGGACAAAAGGUUAAAGCUGGCAGAGUUUGACUACAGUGCUAAGUGUACGGAGAUAUCCUUAAAAACAGAGGGCCUGUCAGGAAGAGAGAUUUCAAAGCUGGGAGUAGCCUGGCAGGCAACGGCCUAUGCCUCAGAGGAUGGUAUUCUAACAGAGCAGAUGAUUGAUGAUCGGGUUGAUGAUGCCGUCAGACAACACAAGAAGAAAGAUCUUUGGCAACUCGAACAAGAGAAAAAAGAAGAACUAGAACUUGGUACAGCAUACACAUCAGAGAAAGACAUGGCAGCUGAUUUAACGGCUCCACAGAGCAAGCCAGGGGCAGACCAAACUAAAAAAUUGAAAGCUGAGGCUGACCUCAGUAAAAAACAAUCAAAAGAUCAGAUAGACAAAAGUUCAAAACCUCUAGAACCUAGCUAACAAUAGUGCAACUGUAGAGAAAUAAGUUUAAUGAACUUCAAUUUCUUUCAGUCCGUUAAAGAAUUGGAAGCAAAUAAUAUAUAAUAAGCUUAACGUGGUUGUUCUGUCAAUUAAUAAGGAUAUGUAUGGCAACCAGUGUUAAAACCUAAAUGAGAAUAUUGGUGAAUAUUCCAUAAAAUUAGAACUAUAUAGGUUAUUUAUAAGUAUUUGCCAUGUAGUAGAUAGUUGUUUGAUGUGCUUGGAGAGUCUGACUGUUUAGUUUUUAUUUCGCAGCGAAAGAAAAUAAGAGAAUCUGUUGCAGAAUUAGUAUGUGUUAGGUAUGUCCAAAGAUUGUCUGCAAUUCAGAAUUACUGUCAAGAUAAGAGUUCAGUGAUAGGUGUAUACAUGUAAUUAUGUGUGAAGUGUUAGAUUUUUAAACUGUCAUGUGGAUUUCAGUUUUUGUGAAAAUCAGUUGUUUUAGGACAGAUGUCAGGAAAAUUUGUUUUCUCAAAAUCUAAUACAUGUAUAUACAUAUUCAUCUUCACACACUAAUCAGAUAAAAAAUGAAUUGUAAAAUUAAUGUAU